CAUAGAGGACUAGAGGGUAGAGAAGUCUACUCUUGCAUUCUCCCAUAGCUAAAUUACCAAAGACAGCGACACCCAAAAUCACAAAUUUCUGGUCAAAUUUUUUCAGAUAAAACCUCAGAACCACCACCACCAUGUUGUUCAUCCACAGGAUGGCGACCACAACACCCAUAACUUUCUCUCUCCUCUCCAACUCCCUUCGCCUUCUCACUAAACCCUCUUCACCAUUCACUUCUUCCCUAAAAAAUGGCUUCUCAAUUCCCACCAAAUUCUAUGCUAAAAAACUCACUUCUUUCUCUUUAUACACUACUAGAAAUGGGUUUUGCAGUUCAUCUGCUGUUGCUUCUCCUGAAUCAAUGGAGAUUGUAACUGAUAAAGAUGAGAAUAAAUUAGAGGAGGGAACUUUUUCUGAGGUUAGGAUCAAACUUCCCACCAAUGAAUCGUCUGAAAAGCUCUUGAGAGUUCGGCAUACGUGCGCACAUGUGAUGGCCAUGGCUGUUCAGAAGCUGUACCCAAAUGCCAAAGUGACCAUUGGACCUUGGAUAGAAAAUGGGUUUUAUUACGAUUUCGAUAUGGAUCCUAUAACUGAUAAAGACCUGAAGAGAAUCAAGAAAGAGAUGGACCGCAUUAUUGGUCGAAACUUACCACUAGUCAGAGAAGAAGUUUCUCGAGAUGAAGCCCGAAAGAGAAUAAUGGCACAGAAUGAACCUUACAAAUUGGAGAUUUUGGACAGCAUAAAAGAAGAACCCAUUACAAUAUAUCACGUUGGUGAUGAAUGGUGGGAUCUUUGUGCUGGGCCCCAUGUUGAUUCUACUGGAACUAUUAACAGGAGAGCCAUUGAGCUUGAAUCUGUUGCUGGUGCUUACUGGAGAGGAGAUGUAAAGAGGCCAAUGCUACAAAGGAUUUAUGGAACAGCAUGGGAAAACGAAGAACAGCUGAAAGCGUACGUUCAUUUCAAAGCAGAAGCUCUACGGAGAGAUCAUAGACGUCUUGGCCAAGAUCUUGAUCUAUUUUCCAUAGAGGAAGAUGCUGGCGGGGGAUUGGUUUUCUGGCAUCCAAAAGGGGCCAUUGUGAGGCACAUCAUUGAGGAUACGUGGAAAAAGUUGCACAUAGAACGUGGAUACAGUUUGCUGUACACUCCCCAUGUUGCAAAGGCAGAUCUAUGGAAGAUAAGUGGUCACCUUGAUUUCUAUAAGGAGAACAUGUAUGACCAAAUGAAUAUCGAGGAUGAGCUUUAUCAACUACGACCGAUGAACUGCCCUUACCAUAUUUUGGUGUACAAAAGAAAGAUGCACUCUUAUCGAGAUCUUCCAAUUAAGGUUGCGGAGCUGGGAACAGUAUAUAGAUACGAGUUAUCUGGGAGCUUGCAUGGCCUUUUCCGUGUUAGAGGUUUCACUCAGGAUGAUGCACACAUAUUUUGUUUGGAGGACCAAAUUAAAGAUGAAAUUAGAGGGGUUCUCGACCUUACAGAGCAAAUAUUACUUCAGUUUGGCUUUCACCAAUAUGAGGUGAAUCUAUCUACAAGGCCAGAAAAAGCUGUGGGAGGUGACGAUAUAUGGGAAAAGGCAACAUCUGCUCUAAAAGAUGCUUUAGAUGAUAAAGGCUGGGGCUAUGAAAUUGAUGAAGGUGGGGGUGCUUUCUAUGGCCCAAAGAUCGAUCUCAAAAUUGAAGAUGCACUUGGAAGAAAAUGGCAGUGCUCCACAAUUCAGGUUGAUUUCAACUUGCCUGAAAGAUUUGACAUUACAUAUGUGGACUCCAAGUCAGAGAAGAAAAGGCCUAUCAUGAUUCACAGAGCUGUACUAGGAUCCUUAGAGAGAUUCUUCGGAGUUCUUAUAGAGCAUUAUGCUGGGGAUUUCCCACUAUGGCUCUCUCCUGUACAAGCUCGAGUCCUGCCUGUGACUGACACACAGCUUGAAUACUGCUAUGAGGUCGUUAGCAAACUCAAGGCAAAUGGUAUACGCGCUGAAGUUUGCCAUGGUGAGCGUUUGCCUAAGCUGAUCAGAAAUUCAGAGAAGCAGAGAAUCCCGUUAAUGUCCGUUGUGGGCCCUAGAGAGAUGGAGACCCAAUCUCUCACCGUCAGAUCCAGAUUUGGAGGGGAACUGGGCACCAUGUCAGUUGACGAUUUUACUAGCAGAAUCAAGAAAGCUGCUGAGAACAGAAGCUCAUUCUGACAUUCUUUGUUCAAGAAUUCAGAAGACCAAUAAAAAAAAUCGAAAUCUUUUCAUUUAAAACACUGAUGAUACCACAUGUAGACUACAGAUUACUGAAUGAGUAUGUUUUUGGGGUUUACAUCUUUCAGGAAAAUGCAGAUUUAUCAGCUCGCGAUAUUCUGUUUUGGUAGUAUUUCUUUGUCAUUAGUUACUAUCUGACUCUAUUAAUUUAAAUUUCCAUAUUGAUUAUGAUUAGUAAUAUUAUCCGAAAAGUAGUGAUUUUCUUUGA